GGUAAUAGUUAACCUCUUUGAGAAAUCAGAAGGUGAUCUCUUUAAUGCUUUCUUUUUAAGAACUUUUCAAAUUGAGACUAAUUGCAGAGGUUCCAGUUGACCAGCAUUCAUAGGAAUGAAGACAAACACAGAGAUGGUGUGUCUAAGAAACUUCAAAAGGUGUAGACCUCCUGACUGAAGCAUAUUGAUUUAUUUAAUUUUUUUCAUUAUAUUUCUGUCCUCCUACAAGGGAAAGUCAUGAUUACACUAACUGAGCUAAAAUGCUUAGCAGAUGCCCAGUCAUCUUAUCACAUCUUAAAACCAUGGUGGGACGUCUUCUGGUAUUACAUCACACUGAUCAUGCUGCUGGUGGCCGUGCUGGCCGGAGCUCUCCAGCUGACGCAGAGCAGGGUUCUGUGCUGUCUUCCGUGCAAAGUGGAAUUUGACAAUCACUGUGCCGUGCCUUGGGACAUCCUGAAAGCCAGCAUGAACACAUCCUCUAAUCCUGGGACACCGCUUCCACUCCCCCUCCGAAUCCAGAAUGACCUCCACCGACAGCAGUACUCCUAUAUCGACGCCGUCUGUUACGAGAAACAGCUCCAUUGGUUUGCAAAGUUUUUCCCCUACCUGGUGCUCUUGCACACGCUCAUCUUUGCAGCCUGUAGCAACUUUUGGCUUCACUACCCCAGUACCAGUUCCAGGCUCGAGCAUUUUGUGGCCAUCCUUCACAAAUGCUUCGAUUCUCCAUGGACCACCCGCGCCCUGUCUGAAACAGUGGCCGAGCAGUCAGUGAGGCCUCUGAAACUCUCCAAGUCCAAGAUUUUGCUUUCGUCCUCAGGGUGUUCAGCUGACAUAGAUUCUAGCAAACAGUCAUUGCCCUACCCGCAGCCAGGUUUGGAGUCAGCUGGCAUAGAAAGCCCAACUUCCAGUGUCCUGGACAAGAAGGAGGGUGAACAGGCCAAAGCCAUCUUUGAAAAAGUGAGAAGAUUCCGCAUGCACGUGGAGCAGAAGGACAUCAUUUAUAGAGUAUAUCUGAAACAGAUAAUAGUCAAAGUCAUUUUGUUUGUGCUCAUCAUAACUUAUGUUCCAUACUUUUUAACCUACAUCACUCUUGAAAUCGACUGUUCAGUUGAUGUGCAGGCUUUUACAGGAUACAAGCGCUACCAGUGUGUCUAUUCCUUGGCAGAAAUCUUUAAGGUCCUGGCUUCAUUUUAUGUCAUUUUGGUUAUACUUUACGGUCUGACCUCUUCCUACAGCCUGUGGUGGAUGCUGAGGAGUUCCCUGAAGCAAUAUUCCUUUGAGGCGUUAAGAGAAAAAAGCAACUACAGUGACAUUCCUGAUGUCAAGAAUGACUUUGCCUUCAUCCUUCAUCUGGCUGAUCAGUAUGAUCCUCUUUAUUCCAAACGCUUCUCCAUAUUCCUGUCAGAGGUCAGUGAGAACAAACUGAAACAGAUCAACCUCAAUAAUGAAUGGACAGUUGAGAAACUGAAAAGUAAGCUUGUGAAAAAUGCCCAGGACAAGAUAGAGCUGCAUCUUUUCAUGCUCAAUGGUCUUCCAGACAAUGUCUUUGAGUUAACUGAAAUGGAAGUGCUAAGCCUGGAGCUUAUCCCAGAGGUGAAGCUGCCCUCUGCAGUCUCACAGCUGGUCAACCUCAAGGAGCUUCGUGUGUACCAUUCAUCUCUGGUCGUAGACCAUCCUGCACUGGCCUUUCUAGAGGAGAAUUUAAAGAUCCUCCGCCUGAAAUUUACUGAAAUGGGAAAAAUCCCACGCUGGGUAUUUCACCUCAAGAAUCUCAAGGAACUUUAUCUUUCAGGCUGUGUUCUCCCUGAACAGUUGAGUACUAUGCAGUUGGAGGGCUUUCAGGACUUAAAAAAUCUGAGGACCCUCUACUUGAAAAGCAGCCUCUCCCGGAUCCCACAGGUUGUUACAGACCUCCUGCCUUCACUGCAGAAACUGUCCCUUGAUAAUGAGGGAAGCAAACUGGUUGUGUUGAACAACUUGAAAAAGAUGAUCAAUCUGAAAAGCCUAGAACUGAUCAGCUGUGACCUGGAACGCAUUCCACACUCCAUUUUCAGCCUGAAUAAUUUGCAUGAGUUAGACCUAAGGGAAAACAACCUUAAAACUGUGGAAGAGAUCAUUAGCUUUCAGCAUCUUCAGAAUCUUUCCUGCUUAAAGUUAUGGCACAAUAACAUUGCUUAUAUUCCUGCACAGAUUGGGGCAUUAUCUAACCUCGAGCAGCUCUCUUUGGACCAUAAUAAUAUUGAGAAUCUGCCCUUGCAGCUUUUCCUAUGCACCAAACUACAUUAUUUGGAUCUAAGCUGUAACCACUUGACCUUCAUUCCAGAAGAAAUCCAGUAUCUGAGCAAUUUGCAGUACUUUGCUGUGACCAACAACAAUAUUGAGAUGCUACCAGAUGGGCUGUUUCAGUGCAAAAAGCUGCAAUGUUUACUUUUGGGGAAAAAUAGCUUGAUGAAUUUGUCCCCUCACGUGGGUGAGCUGUCCAACCUUACUCAUCUGGAGCUCAUUGGUAAUUACCUGGAAACACUUCCUCCUGAACUGGAAGGAUGUCAGUCCCUAAAACGGAGCUGUCUGAUUGUUGAGGAGAACUUGCUCAAUACUCUUCCUCUCCCUGUAACAGAACGUUUACAGACGUGCUUAGACAAAUGUUGACUUAAAGAAAAGAGACUCAUGUUUCAAAAUCAUUUUUAAAAGUAUGCUCGGCUGGGCAUGGUGGCUCACGCCUAUAAUCCCAGCACUUUGGGAGGCCAAGAUGGGCAGAUUGCUUGAGGACAGGAGUUUGAGACCAGUCUGGCCAACCUGGUGAAACCCCAUCUCUGCUAAAAAUACAAAAAAAAUUAGCCGGGCAUGGUGGCAUGCACCUGUAAUCCCAGCUACUUGGGAGGCUGAGGCAGGGGAAUUGCUUGAACCAGGGAGGUGGAGGUUGCAGUGAGCCAAGAUUGUGCCACGUACACCAGCCUGGGUAACAGAGCAAGACUCUGUCUCAAAAAAAAUAAAUAAAUAAAAAUAAAAUAAUGCUCCAGGGCUUUAAAUGAGAAGUGUAAUUUUCUAAGUUAAUAGAGAUGAAGAAUGGGUGACUAUUAUGAUGAACCAUAACUAAAUGUCUUAUUAAAGCAACUCAGUGUCUAGCCCUAAAUUAACCAGGUAAAAACUGUUAACACUAACCUGAAGUUUGUGAAUGAUUGUUCUUUAACUUAUUGAGAUGUUGCAAGAAAUGCACAUCGAGGGUGGACUGGGAGCUAUGAAAUGACUGAAUUCCUCCUUGCAGUGUUUGCCUUCAAGAUUGUAUAGGUGUUCUCUCCUCUUCUUCCCCCAGUCCCCAUUACUUAUUUGCACACUUGUUUUAACUGACUUCCUGUUUUGAUAUUUAUCACCAAGAACAUAAACUCAUCAAUAUGAAUUGUCUUGAUGUAUACUCACCACUGUCUUUGAUUUAUGUUCCUAAAUUUUUUUAGAUGGGGUGUAUUGUGCUUGGCAGAAUUCGUUUUUGGCUUAAUUUUUACUUCCUUUCCCAGCUUGCUUGAGUCUUCCUUAACCUGGUUUUCUCAACACCAAUGAUGACCCUGAGAAAAUGCCUGCAUUUGGCCUUUGCCUAGAACAGGAGCUGAGUAUUUAAGAUGUUUUAUCCCAGGGGCAUCCUGAAAAUUAAUGUAUUCCCCAAAAUUUCUUCUUAUCUAUCAUCAAGGCCUUUUUUUAUUUGUUAAGAAUUUUUAUAUUAAAUGUAAAACAUAUAAAUAUUUUCUAUUGUAUAAUCUUGGAUUCAAAAUCUGUGAGGAUUGUUUUUGUAAGAUACAUAGAAUUUAUGCAUUUCUUUAUGAACUUACUGUUAGUGUACUUGGUUUUGGCUGUUUAUGACUCUCAUGUUUGUGUACAUUCUGCUCCAAAAUGUUUUUGUACUCUGCAACUAAUUACUUUUGGAUAACAAAAGCCUUGUGUUUAAUGCCCUAAAGUAUUUGGGGGUUUCCUUGUAAGAGAGUGGCCGAAUCAUCUACCUCUCUCUUCCCUAGUCGCUGUGCAAUCGUACGGGUACAAUUCUUAAUUACUUACAAAAACUGUGAUAGAGGGGAGAGGUACACAUUUGGUUUUGAAAUUAAUUUUAAAAUAUAGAAAUUUAGUAAGAGUUAAAGCAAAAGACUUUUUUUCCCCUCCAUCUGCGUAAUCUCUAGCUGUGAUUAUAAUGUAAAACAGCCUCUAUUCAGUGUCUAAAAUGAGUUCUCAAAACCCACAAAGAAAUAGAUCCAUUUAACUGAAAUUCAUCUCAUGCCUUUAUCUAACUCUUCUGGAAAAUACAUUUUGCUCCUUUUUAUAAAGAGCUUUGUGUUUGGCCUUU